AUGGCGAUGCAAGUUAUGAAAGGGAGUUUCUUUUGGAAGAUGGCUGUGGAAAACAACCUUAACAUCAUGGAACUUAAAAUGACCAUGAGAAGCUUAGAACCACGAAUUCGAAAAUGCUAUGAAGAAGCACCCAUUCACCUUAACUCUAACGAACUUUUAGAGAUGAUGCUCUUUGAUGGUUGUUUUAUUGUUCAGUUAAUCCAGGGGAUUUAUCCAGUAGAGGAUAUUUUUCAAGUGGGACGUAUUCAAACUGACAUUCGUCAUGAUUUAUUACUGCUAGAAAACCAGCUUCCUUUCUUUGUGCUUUUUGAGUUGUAUCGGAUGAUGAAACAUGAGGAAUUUAAAGCAAAAGAAGCAGCAGCAGUACAAGCAUCGACAGCAGUAGUAGUAGCAGCAGCAAAACCAAAUUCCCAACGCUCAUGGAAGUUCAUACGUAGCGCAACAGAGCUGGAAGGUGCUGGAAUCAGUUUCUUUGGUGAUCAUAUUGAGAAGAUGAAAGAUCAGAACCAAGGGAUAGAGGUCAUGUUUGAUAUAAUGUUCACCAAAGAUACCAAAGUACUCAAGAUUCCAACCUUACAAGUCAACGAUUGUACAGAGUCUUUGUUCCGUAAUUACAUGGCCUAUGAACAGUUCUUCCCAAGGGGGAAACCAAUUUAUUUUGUUGAUUAUGUGGUGUUCAUGAAUAACCUCAUCAACACAGGCAAGGAUGUGCAACUACUUUGUGAAAGUGGAGUUAUUGAUAAUUGGUUAGGAGACGAUGAAGCAGUUGCCCUAAUGUUUAACAAGCUUCGGGACUCCAUUUACAUGAUGUCUGAAGACUUCUACUAUGAUGACAUAUUUGGUAGGGUAAACGAGCAUUGCCAAAGAAAAUGGAACAAAUGGAAGGCAGCAUUGAAGAAAAAUUAUUUUAACACUCCCUGGUCCCUCAUAUCAUUUCUUGCUGCACUUGUCUUGCUCCUGCUUACCCUGCUGCGAACUGUUGGUGUUUGA